CACAACAGGCACAAGGUUCGGCUGUUGCUGAAAAUCUCCGACAGGCAACAACUGCCCGAAUGAGCUCUAAUCAAGACUGUAUCGAGAAGCAGGCGUGGCUUUUCAACUCCGUGAAAUCCAGGAAGCGACGUUCUGCCAAGCCAUCCAGGAAAUUAACGAGAACGGGGAGAGGAUGGAGUUUACGGGCGCCGGCGGCUGCACUACCCCGCAGCUUAGUAACAAUGAACAGAUCAAGUUACUCAAUGCAGUGAAAAACCGAGAGAUCACCGUUGAUCAGGCCUGGGAAAUAGCACAAAGCGGCAAGUCUACAGUGCAGGAGGCAAGCGAAUCAGAUAAAAUGCCUGAAAACACAUCAUACAAUUUUAUUGUAUAUAAGUUCAACCGAUACAGAUGGCUGAAAAGGGUAUUCAUGAUUGAUUACAAUUCAAAGAUGUUGUGCAGCAUUGAGAAAGGAAUGAUUAAAAAACAGUUUCCGUUUAAAUCCAUCAAAUCCUGUGAGCAUCUUGAAGGGAAGAAGUUCAGCAUUUCAUUUUUAAUACACCAUGAUUAUGAACUUGAAGCCACCUCGGCUGAAGAUAGAGUAAAGAUAAUCCAGCUUAUGAACCAAAUUAUUCAGAAUAAUAUAAAUGAGGCACAGCAGACAAAUCAGAGUGGCAAUAGUCCUGUACAAAAAGAAACGGGGGUCAUAAAAGAAGGACAAAUAGAAUUACGGACAAGAAGUUUCACUUCAAUAAAAUGGAACAGAUACCACAUGCAGCUGUAUAAAGGAAAACUUUCUUUCCAGUACCUUGGCGUUGGUGAAGCUGAUGAACAGUUGGACUUGCCUCCAAACAUCAUUUACUUGUCAGAUGGUAACACAAGUGUGCACAAGGAAGUGGAAAAUGGAUCCUUCACCAUUAUGACAAAGAAAAACUGUUACUUACUUCGAAUGCCAGUUACUGAGAAGUUGAAAAGCGCAGAAGAUUUAAGAAAAUGCCGGAAUGAAUGGGUUGAUGCCAUUGAUAUGUGCUGUUUGCAUUGGAAGAGAUUAUCUCAGUCACAGUCUUUUUCUGAGAAUACCAUCUACGAGGAUAUUUCAUUUACACCAUCCACAGAAGAGCCAGGUGAACAACAGAUAUUGAAGCAACUAGACUUCCAUGAAAACCAAAUUCAGGAGAAAGAACAGGAAAAAGAACAAAAAACAAUUGAAGGGAAAAAAAGGGACAGGGAAGGAUUUGAACCUACUUCACCCGUGAAGUCCCCUUUGCGAACAUUAGAUAUUUCUCCUCUACCUCGGCAUGUUCCAGUACCUCCUGUUCGACACCAGAAGCCGGGCACCCCUACAGCACCUCCACUCCCCGCUAAGAGAUCAACUGGUGUGGUGAGGAAGACUAAGCCAUUCCACUGGGCAAAAAUUGACUUAGAAAGGAUACCCAAGUCUAUAUGGGAACACAGCCGUGCAGAUGAAAUUCAAUUGCAUUAUCCAAGUCUGUUAGAUCAGUUUGCUGCACAAGAAAUGUCAACGCAGUUGGUCAAUGAAUUUUCCAACCAUCGGGUUAUUCUUCUGAAUCAAAAAAUUGCUCACAACUUCAACAUUUUUCUGAUAAGUUUUCCUGUCAAAGUGACUGAACUGAAGACGAAAUUGUUUAUUAUACGAGAAGAAGAUGGUGGACUGACAAAUGAACAGAUCACUUCUUUACGGAGGUACAUCCCCACACCAAAUGAUAUUCAAAAAUACAACGCGUACAAAGGCUCUCAGUCUGAUCUCCAUAUUGUCGACCAAUACAUGAUGGAGAUGUGCAACAUUCCAUAUCUGAGCCAGAGACUGGAUAUUAUCCUUGCCCUACGAGAAGUUCCAGAAACUAUUGAAGAUCUUCAGCCACUGAUGAGGCAGAAAAUCAAGGCAUGUUUGCAGUUGCAGAACAGUAAGCUAUUUGUUUCUGUGCUCAAUUAUCUUCUCGCAAUUGGGAAUUUCUUAAACAAAAAUGCUGGCAACGAAGUAGCAAAAGGAUUUUCUCUGUCAUCUCUGCCGAAGCUAGUCCAUUUGCGAGGGAAGGAUAAGACAUUCACCUUACUUCAUGCUCUUGUAGACCAGAUUUUGACACAAGAGCCAGGCCUGACAAAAUUUCCCCAAGAGCUCACAGAAUUUGAAGAAGUUCCUGGAGAUUCCAUUAAGGGUUUGAUUGCAGAGGUGGAUGUUUUAAAGAAUGAGAUGGCAAAAAUCAUUCUAAACAAACAGACACUCAAGCCAAAGGACAAGAACAGCUCAGACUGGCAGUUCUACAAAGAACUGAAGUCUAUAAUUCAAAAAUAUGAAGAUGAAUUGUCACAGCUGAAUAAACAAUGUGAUGAAAUGAAGACAUCCUACAAUAACCUCUUGGUUAGAUUUGGAGAACCACCAGAUCGAGACUUGGAAGUAAUGUUCGGAUGGAUAUCUUCCUUCAUUAAAGAUUUUAAGAGAGUUGUCAUGGAACAAAGCAAGCGAAGAUUGGGAUCAGCUCGGAAAUAAUGUGAACUUUUGUUAUAAGAAAGUUUUCUCUUUUUUUUGCUUGUUCAUGUUUCUCAGAGCAGUGCAGAAAUUAGCUAAGUUAGUUAUGGUAUGCCAAAAUUCAAUGUCCUGCAAGGAGAAAUGGAAACAUCAAUUUGUUCAUCAUACUUGAAGAUAUUUAUCACCUCUAUGUCACAUGCUAUUUGAGAGAACAAAUAGGUGAAAUGUUCUCAAGCCUCCCAUGAGUGUUAAUCACAUGAACUGUCUGAGGAAAACAGUCCUAGAUAAUUCACUGGCUCAUUAAAUGGAUAGAAACUCAAUUUUGUAAUGGAUUAUAAAGCACAUUAUGAAAAGAUCAGGUAUAUUGUCCAGCAUUUUAUUGCUCUCUGGCACCGAUUAUGUGUGCACGAUAACUCACUCUGGGCACAGUGGCACAACUAGUAGAUGGUUGGCUCACAAGCUGCAAUAGCCUGAGUUCAUUUCCUGAUAUCCUGCCUCUGCGAUGUGUGCUUGUUGUCCCUGUGAUCUUGUGGGUUUAUUCCAGGUACCCUGGUUACUUCUACAUGUGUAACAGGUAUAUUGGUCGGUUAAUUAGCCUCUGUAAAUUGUUCCUAGAGUGUAGGUAGGUGGCAGAACCUGGGAGGAGAUGCUGGGAAGGUGGGGAGCAUAGAAAGAGUUAAUGUAGGAUUAGUGUUAAUGGCUGCUUAGUGGUCAGUGUGGACUCAUUGGAAUGAAGGUCUGUUUUUGAGCUGAGUCUUUCUGUGACUAUAACUCUAUGACUUUAGAUGAAGGUAGAUGCAUUUUGACCAUAGUUGAGUUUUUGUAGAAGUAUGUUUUGUGUCUGAAUUCCUUACCACACAUGACAGAUACUGUUACCUGCAAGCCAAUCUACAGCCUUUCUGCUGAUAUUCAGACUACCUGGGUGAACUAAGAAACAGUUGGAUGUUCGAUAUUUUUUAUAUUGGGUGCAAAGUGAACAAGCUGUUCAUGAGUAAGAAGGGUGGUACAGUAGCAUAGCUGUUGGCAUAGCGCGUCGAGAGGUGGGAGGACAUAGCAAGUGAUCGCUCUCACUGGAGGCUGGAACUACGCAGAGGUCUAAAAAGAGGAGAAGAGAAGCUGAGGCUUGCUGCUGAAGAAGAGCGCACUCGCUGAGAAAACAGCACCAAGACAACACUGGAGGACAGCGCCUUCAAGUGCAGUCACUGCAGCCAAGACUGUCACUCCCGUGUGGGCCUCUACAGCCACAGCAGAUGCUGUUGUACCAACACAGACGGAAGCAAGACUUUCCAUGGUCUCGUGAGACUAACGGAUGCCACCAAUAAUGCAGCAAAAGCAAAGAGGGUUCAAUUCUGUUGAUCUCUGUAAGGAGUUUGAAUGUUCUCCCCAUGCCAGCGUGGGUUUCCUCUGAGUGCUCUAGUUUCUUCCCAAGUUCCAAAGACAUGUGGGUCAGUAGGUUAAUUGGUCACAUGGGUAUAAUUGAGUCGCAUGGGCUCUUCGGGUCAGAAAGGCCUCGGAAGGGUCUGAUACCACGCUGCACCUCAAAUAAAAACAAAUAUGUUAGUUUUUGGGAAAAACGUGAGGUUAUACUCUUAAUGAAAGCUGUAGGGGCUUAUGUGAUAACACUAUUAUGUCUACCUUGAGUUUAAACUACUUUUGUAUGAUAGGAAGAAAAAAAAAAUCUUUUGGACUGUGAUAAGUUUAAAUAGUCAUGAAACUGCAGCAGCCUAGCAACUAUGCAACAGUGAUUGUCACUAAUUAUCCAGUAGUAGUCAACAGGGAUGGCUCAUACUAGAAAUACAAAUGUUAUUUUGUUGUGGAGAUGGGGGUGGUGAUGUUAAUGGAUGUGGCAUGGAGGGAGAUUCUUAAUGCUGAAGAAUGCUUGAUGCCUGAUCAUUCCAGCCACUUGGGUUAAAACAUCCUUGUUGCAAUAGUGUUCAAAGAAUCUGGGUAAAACUAAUGAAAAAUUGCAUUUAAAACAUGCUGUAAAAUAUUCAACAAUUAUCAUAAAUUAGGAAAUAAAAUAGUACAAAAAAUCUUUGUGUUUUUGAAGUUUGAUAUUCAUUUCUCCUUCUUUAUUAGAAAUUGGUAUUUGGGA